CAGCAGCAGCAGCAACAGCAGCAGUUGAACUGCGCAGCGACAACAAGCAACAAGGCCAUGUACAAGGCCGGCCAAAGUAAGGCCGACGGCGGGAUACUCUCGCGGAUGCUCCAGCUCCAAGGAGACAUGCCUGCUGGUGAAGGCGAAGGCGCAAGCGGUGCCGCCGGCGCGAAAGAAGUCAAGGGGGAUGGGACCGCGGCCGCGGCCGUCCCGCCACCCCUCCUUCCGCCGGUCCUCCGGCUUCUCUCGGCUGACGUUCUGGCGGAGGCUUGCACGCUCCUCGACCCCCGCUCCCUCGCGACGGCGGCGGCAGCGUGCCGGUCGUUCCGCGACGUGUGCCAGGGGGCGUACCCGUGGAGGGGACUGUGUUGUCGGGAGUGGGAGCUGUCGGACGCCGCGGAGGAGGACGAGGGAGUGGCGUCGGCUCCAGCAGUGCCAGUUCCCCGCAGCCGGCUGCACUUUCGGGACUCCAUCCUCGGGUGCGACUUCCGCAGGCUUUUCCCCCUGAUCGAGCAGAUGCCCUCGGGCUUCGACUGCUCCUUGCUCCGUGAUGGCUCCCCCGCCAACGGUGCAAACAACGCCGACGGUGUUGAUGCCCAAGAAGCCGACGACGACAACCACCAGCAAGAGGCGAACAACCAUGAGGCCGCAGCAGCAGCAGCAGCAGCAGCAGCAGCAGCAGCAGCCGAAGGGGACAGUGACGGUGAAGGUGACGCCGCGAUCAACCAAGGGGCGGCGGCGCCGGCAGCAGUAAGUGGCGGCGUGGCGUCGCGGGCUCCCGAGGAAGCAGAAGAGAAGGCCGGCGAGUUCGUUAUCAGGGGGGUCCGGCGGCGGCCGGCGAAGAGGCCGCUCUCUCCGGGCGUAGCAGCACCAGCAGCUUCGGCGUGGGCCUCAACGGCAACGGAGGAGGGGCAGCGGCCGCGCUCGUCGUCCUCCUCCUCGUCUUCCGGCGACGUGGCCCUGCAGGUGGAGUUCCGCGGGGGGCUUGGCGUCGGGAACCGCUGCGUGCGGACCGACCUACCACUCCCGAGCACGGUCUUGCGGGAGCGGACGGGGGCCGGGGCGAGGUCUAGCCUGGCGAGGCACUUGGAGACGUCCCCGCUGGCCCUGUUCCGCUGGCUGCUGGCCAAGAUGGCGGCGACGGCGAGCGGCGGCGCUGGUUCCGGCGGGGGCUUGGGCGUCGGGCGUGCUUCCCCUGCAUCUCCCGCUUCAGCUGUACACCCGGGUAUUGUCGGGGACCACCACUUUGAACACAACGCACAGCAGCAGCAGGCGGGAGGAGGGGCAUUCGCGGCGCCGGGGGCGAUGCCGCAGGCCGAAUUGGGGCAAGACGCUGCCGCAACCACAGGAGAGCGCCGGAGGCGUGCUUCCUCGCUGCCCAGCGGGGGUCCGGACGGUGCCGGCGCUCCUGGCGGGGGUCAGCACGGGGAGAAGCCGAAGCUGCCGCGGGUGCUGUGCUUCCCGGUUGCAUUGGGGAGGGGCGUCGUGGACGUUACGCCUAGGCUGGUCAGCUACUUCGAGGUGACGGUCGUUGCCCCGCGGCUGGACGCUCCCCACCCCAUCCCCGACUGUAUCGCUGUCGGCGUCAGCGAGAGCCGCUUCCCCCUCAAGGGCAAGAUGCCCGGCUGGGACUCCCGGUCGUACGGGUACCACAGUGACGACGGCGGGGCGUUCCACGACGCCGGAAGCAUGCUCUUCAAGUGUGGCCCCUCCUUCGGCGCCGGCGACGUGGUCGGGUGCGGACUCGACUACAGCGUCGGGGGCGACGCAGCCGACAUCUUCUUCACGCUCAACGGAGAGCUGCUGAACGGAGGUUCCGCCGCAUUCCGAGGGGUGAGGGGAACCUUCUACCCCACCGUGGGGGUUGACUCGGCAUGCCCGGUACGGAUCAACCUCGGGGGGGAGCCGUUCAGGUUCGACCUCGCGGCAGCGCUGCGGAAGGGGGGGCAGGAGGCGACGGCUCGGGAGUCGGUGGCCCAGCACGAGCCCAAGCGCAGCCGCACCGCAGUAGCCGCUGCUUGUGCCCCGGCGGCGGGCGAGGGAGCGCCGUCGAUGCCCGCCGGUGCGAAGGCAGUGGCCGGGGCCUCGUCUUCAUCGUCGUCGUUCCUUGGGCGUUCGCGGCAGCGGUCGUUGCCGCUGCCGGACGUGCUUCCGCCGCCCGCGGAGGGUCGCUCCAUUAGUGGAGCUUACCCGCACGUGGCGCUGAGCUACUGAGGGGGUAGCGGCGACGGUGCAGCGGGGCUUGCUUGUCGAUAGAGAGGGAGUUCCGUCCGCGCGUGGCCUGGGGGGAGCCCCGGUAGCGGUACCAGGGUUGCUUCUCGAUCGGACGGGAGCUCAGCCCGUCUGUUCGUCCCUUGUAAUGGCGUGUUGUACAGGCAAGAGCAGCGGCGGCGAACAGCAGUGGUAAGCGCGAGACGAAUUGUUGGGAGAGUACUGACUGGACUGUUUACCCGCCGUCCCACACCAAGAGGACAAUGCAACACAAGCAGCAGUCAGCCAAGGACCUUGCGUUUUUUUUUUUUGCUGCCGCGGCUGCUGCUGCUGCUGCUGCUGCUGCUGCUGCUGCUGCUGCUGCUACUUGUCAGAUUUAGCGACCACCAGGUGUGUGGUCUACGUACCACAUUUUUAUUAUCGCCGGGCGCGCGGUGUCAAACCGUCGCACUCAUCGAAGCCGUGCGGUGUGGAUGGCGCGUUCUUUUCUGUAUGUAUGUGUUUUUUAUUAUUAGCAUUGACCGCGCUAACCGUCUGACCAAUGAAAAGGCGCCAGUCUCGGUGCGGUUGAGAACACACAAUGCUGCUAAAGGCCGCAUGAUCUGGGACCUACGUGUGUUUUGCGUUCUAUUCGGGGGGGGUGGGGGGCUGCAUGGCGCUAUUUUGGAUUUCCUUACUUACAAGUGUUUGCUGCGAGAAGAGACACAAGAAUCGCUCGGUCCUUACCUUGUACAUCCGUACGGUCAAUGAUUUUUGCGUUCUUCGUUUCCGGCUGCUGAUCGAGGCAGAUCGUUUUUUGUACAUUUGGCAAGAGAGGAUGGGACAAACGUAAAUGUAGAUGCGAAAACUCCACCUUUCGCUGCAGCUGCAAGCUGUUCGUCGGUGCUGCCCUGCUCAUUCUUCAAUGCUGUUUGGGAAGACGCGGCGUUUGUUUCACGAGCAGAAUGCGCAUCUUGAUGUAAUCACUGGUCGGUGUCUCUAAAGCCUUUGGCUUUCUAGUUGGACAGGUUCUGGCGGUCCAACGAUAUCAACAGGACGUCGAGAUCCGAUUCUACAGUUUUUCCGUAAGUCUAUGAGUGAAAGGGGGGGGGGAGGGUGCUUACCCUCCUGGCGUUUUGAGAGCGCGGAGGCAGAGAGUCACCGCGGCUUUGAGGCAGGACCUCAUUCCUUUUCUCAUAAGUAGCAUCACAUGUUUGGUUCGGGCGCUCGGUUGUAUUCUGUCUCCUUUGUCCGACACGUGCACGUUCGUGAGUUCGGAGAAGGGGUUGUGUACUCGCGUUACGAAGUGCCGAAGACGAGGAGCGGGCACGGAUGGACUCGUGGCGAUAUUGCAGAGAAUAUGAUCGUCAUUUCUUGUAUGUUCGGCAGAUCAGAUGUGAUUUGCGUGCUGUCUUUUGGAAGGUUGGUGCGUGUGUCUUUUUCGAAGCACGCCCCAAGAGGCAGCCCCAGAACAAAGGCGCUUAAUUUCCCGAGCCUCCGCAUUGGGCGGUUGGCUUGCCUGUCGUUUGGUGUCGCGAUGAGCCCCGAUGAGCACAGGGGGAAGUAAAAUAUACCAUAUCAACACAUUUGGGCGUGUCCGGCUUAAUAUCCGGCGUGCCUACUGGGAACUGGGAACGCUUCGCCCGCCUUCCUUGCGUGUUGGGGGUCCGCCAGAGGCUGGUUGUCAAGCGGUGGGUGGUCGGACGACACAGUAACGGCAACGUGAAUUUCGAUUUAUUUUUGUGAUGAUGGAAGACGAUCCAUUGAUGUGCUUCGUAUGUAGCUGAUCCGCGGCUUUGUUGGAUGCUGUACGGAUUGCCAUCUGCCGGGCUUGUGGCGUCAAGCGUAGGGGGCGGAGGUCUCCAGUAUGAGGAGGAAAGGUCUGGGGUUUGGGGGGGAGGUGUAAAGACCGCCUAGGAGAAAACCCAACUAUUUUUUUAAGGUUUUGCGGUGAAGGGCUCCUUCCGUGUGGUGUUAGAUGCAAGUAUGAAAACCCAUGGAUAUUUGUGUAUUUCCGGGUUACGGCUUUUUGGUGAAAUUGUGGUAGUUUUGUACAUAGAUUUCUCCGUUCGCCCCCCCUUCCCGUGGGCUAACGGCAACAUUUCGACGCUUUCCGACCUAGUACAUCCGGACGGUCGAUAUGAGUUAAACCUGACGAGGGUUGUCGUGCCUCACUGCACUCUCAAGCUGUCAAGAGUGUCGCAGUUUCCUUUUUUUGUGGGCACAUGAGAAGCAAGGAUCACAUUUUGAAGCCGAUCGUUGUGUUCAUGCGACCUAGUAAGGUAGACAAGGACAUAUCGGGAAGGAUUACGAUACUAUAUAUUUUAUGAAUAACCGUCUACCUAUCUCUGCACGCCUCACAACGUAAUAAAUAUGGCAGCGGCUCCCUUGCCACUUUGCACCGUAAAUAUGGC